AUGUCUAUAGAACCUUCUACACCUGAUUUAGAACAGCAGCCAUCCGUGGUGCACACGCCAACCACGGCCGCAAAGGACGAGCUUUUGUCGCCCGGGUUCAGCGACAGCAUUGCGCAGUUUUUGCCCACGGAAGUCUCGGAGUCUGACGAAGAGGAGGAAGAAGAAGAAGAGGAGGAGGAGGAGGAGGAGGAUCAAGGGAAUGCGGUUUUCGCGCUCCAGAGCCACGAAGAAGACGACGACGACCAUGCCGACAACUCUGAGCCUCCUGUCGGAGAAACCCACGACGUCACCCCAAUGUCACCCGUGGGUAUUGAUGAUGAUGGCGCGCAGAGCUGCGGAAACGAGCUUGCGAGCCGUGCGGCCAUUUCCAAAAAUACGGUCGUGAGCGCAUCUGGUAAAUUUCGGGGCCGGCCCUCGUCUUGCGUGUUUGUUGCCAGUCUUGCCGCCUCGCUCACCGAUGAUGAAUUGUGCCUUUCCGUAACAGAAAAUUUCAAAAAAUUCGGUCAAUUGACCAUGGUUAAAGUAUUACGAGACCCUGCCAACCGGCCGUAUGCUUUCGUACAGUAUACAACCGACGCCGACGCCAAGAAAGCUUUGAACAAUGCACAGGGAACUACUCUCAACGGCAGAACCAUUCGUUGUGAGCCUGCGCGUGUCAACCGCACCUUGUUUUUGUGUCAUAAAGGAAGGUUUUCGAAUACCACAUCCAGCGUACCGGUUUCAGCCGCGGUGGUCAACCAACUUAUGAGCAAGUUUGGAGAAUUGGAACAGUUGGUUGCUUGUAGAGACCAAUACUCCCACAAAAAAAAUUAUUUCCAGUCCGCCUCCAAUAGAAGCAAUGCGUGGUUCAUUCAAUUUGCAUUCCGUGAUGAUGCCAUUCGUGCUUUUGCCAAUCUCAAGACUGAUUUUAAUUGGAUUGUCGAAUGGGCUCAGAAUAUCGAAGCUCCAACGCACAUGAACAUGUUGAAUUACGGUAAAGAUUUAACAAUUCCUGAAGAAACUGAAGCUUCAGAAAACGGAAUUCAAGAGCCUCACACGCUAGAUUUGAAUGGCGCAGAGUACAGUGGCAAUAAUAGCGAUGUCAUCAUUGACCAAAAAUCUGUAUUUGUAGGCCAAUUAGAUCCUAUGGCUACAGAAGAGAAAUUAAUCGAAAGGUUUUCCAGACAUGGUUCGGUUGUUGACGUCAACUUGCUGGUCAAGCCUAAUAAUAUCUUCGCAUUCAUCAAGUUUGAUACCGAAGAAGCCGCCGCUGCAGCUUUAGAAAUGGAAAAUCACGCAAUUUUCUUGAACAAAACCAUGCAUGUUCAAUAUCGCGAAGUCGGUGGUCUCAAAAAAUACAAGCGCAAUGGGAACAGUCAUGGUAAUAGAAAUAAUAAUAAUAAUAAUAGCAUUGGUCACCUUGGGAAUAUCAACUCAUUCCAGCAUAACAACCACAACCACAACAACCACAACAAUGGCAAUGUCCGAUUUUAUGCCAAUCACCACGGCAAUACAUCGGCACAUGGUAAUACGUCUCGUUACAACAAUGACUACAAUUCGGGUAAUUACAAUGCGUCAUACCAGCCGCCUCGCUUGAACUUGGCACCACCUCCUAUUAAUGUCGGUAAAAGGAGGUCUAGCACUGGUUCAACACCAUCAUAUUCAAACUACCCUCCUCCAAUUCCUGAAUUUCAGGUAUUCACCCAACAGCAGCAAGGUCAUAUCCCUUUGAUGUCAGGGCCCAAAAAGUACAAGUCUAGUUCAAGGCGUAGAAGUAUUGAGAUUACUAAAUCUAAUGAUGAUUCCAGUAACUCUAAUAGCAAUGAAAAAGUCGAAAUUUCAGCUGCCCAUGAAGCCGGUAAUACAACAAGUCAUUCUAUUGCCACAGAUGCAACUUCCGAAGGAACUGAAUCCGCAGGCAAUAACGAUGCUUCCACCAAUGCAAGUACUUCUCACUAUACUACUUCCGCUGGCGGAAUUAAUUACAAGAAAAGGCUUGACGAAUACAAGAAAAGAGGAAACUACCCAACCUUCGACCCUUACUACUACCCUCCUUAUUAUUACCCCAUGGAGUUUACAGGUCAUACGACUCCCCUCAAUUCUUCAGGAAGCCCUUCACACUCCGGUAAUAAUGCUACUCAUCCAUGUUUCAUGUAUUAUCCUGUACCGCCAAGCAAUGGUAUGGAGUUUGCCGAAAUGCACAACAUGAUGAUGCCUCAUCUUGCUGCGUCACCAGGGUCAAUCGGAACGCCUCUUAUUCCGAUGCCCAUCACUCAACAGCAGUUCAUGCCAAUGGAGCCCAAUUCCAAUUUUAAUAACAACAGCACCAAACCCGAUCUAGAGUACUAA